AUGACUGAGGGAACCACAAAAAGCACGACACAGAAGGAGAGGGCGAUGACGCAGGAGAGGGAGGAAGCCAUAGCUAUGUUCUACUACUUUAUUGGGGACGAGGAAACUAGCAGAGAUGAGAUCAUUGACCGGUUCUCCCGAAACAGCCAACAUUAUGAAAAGGUUAUUGCAGCGACGAACAACAACUAUGCAACGAAGACUGCACAAACAACUGCGGAGCUGUUUCCUAGCAACAGGAAAGAUAUUUAUAUUCUGGAUGUGGCUGCCGGAACAGGGCUUUGUGGACAGGAGCUCUACUCUCUUGGCUUUCAAAAAAUGGAUGCCUUGGAUCCAUCGGAACAAAUGCUGGAUGAGGCAAGGAAGAAAGGACUGUAUGGACGAUACUAUCUGGACGUUUUAGGAGAAACUACCUUAGACAUUGCAAAUGAUACGUAUGAUGCAGUGACAAUUUCAGGAUUGAGCACGAUGGUUCUGAAGAAGUUGCCAAUAAACGCAAUGGAGGAACUCAUCCGCAUUGUCAAACCAGGAAAGUAUACAUCUCCAAUCACCUCAUUACUCGUGAAGGUCCGCGUCAGAGAUGCGGUGUAA